AUGGACACCCCCCCCGAUAAUGCGACCGACGUGAAGGUGUUCGCGCCGAAAUUUCAGACGUUGCAGGUGAAUUGGACGAAUCCGAGUGACGUGAACGGUCCGCUGUUAUCCUCAAAGGCCAUUGCUUUCUCGAGUAAAACGAAAGUGGCCGAGUGUGGUGACAACCUUAUGGCCUCAUCUCCCGUGACCUGUUCGCUGACAAAGUUAAACAACUGUGCAGUCUACGAUGUUGUGCUGGAGGUCUGCACCGGACCACCAAAAGAUGUGCCGGAAGCUCCAGCUGAUAAGGGUAGCUAUUGCACAAAGGCGUCUUAUCCAGGUCAUCCGACCCUGCCGGGAGGUUGGUGUUUAUUUAUUACAAUUUUCCAUCAUUGUCCUACUGUUCACUUUUUUUUAAAUAAUAACCUCCUUUCAGGUUGUGUUUACUUAAUUUUUCCUGGGCGUUUUCAUUCUUUCUAA